AUGAUAGCCACGGGCGGCCUGCUGCGCAUGAACAGGCGCCAGGACUCGCUGCGGUCCAAGAACCGAGCUGAGAACAAGAGGAAGAGGAAAGCCAAGAAGAGGAAGAAGAACGACGUGGUGGUGGUGAAGGGGAAGCUCAACCUGUGCUCCCCAGCAGGCGUGGUGGCUGCUGUUGGAGUUGCAAUUCUGAUGGUGGGGAUCUCUAUGGCCGUGCUGGGCUACUGGCCCAGCCAAAACCAACAGGAGUACCAGGAGCGCCGGCGUACCGGGGCACACCGAGGCAACAGGAUAAGCUACUCCAAAACUCUGCCGGUUCCCUCCAACCAGACCAGUAACAACUCCCCAUCCAACCGGGCUGACCUGUUCAACCAGAGCCAUGCUAACAGCAGCCUCCCGGACCCCUCCCCUUCCUGUGGAUUCCUCUGUGAGUUCCUGGACAAUUACCUGUACUCGGACAAUCUGAAGGUCUUCGGCCCGCUGGUGAUGGGCAUCGGCAUCUUUCUCUUCAUCUGUGCCAACGCCGUCCUCCAUGAAAAUCGGGACAAGAAAACUAAAAUCAUCAACCUGAGAGAUAUCUAUUCCACCGUCAUUGACUUGCACAGCCAGCGGUCCAAAGAAUACUCUCCCCUCAACGGCUUGGUGAACUACACCCAGUCGAGGAGCGCUGAGGGUCCGUCCGGUCUGCGCGGUGCUAGCGAAAUGCCCUCUCGUAGCUCCUGGCCCUGCACCAGGCUCAGUUUCCAGGGCGAGUCGAGUGGCGACGAGAUGUUCGGGCGCCUGUCGUUGGCCAGCAGGCCACGUAGCUGGUCCCGAGAUGUGCAGACCUUCACGGACACCGUCUACAGCAUCUACAGAGACCACAGCAAUAGCAGCGAGCUGACCCCGCAGCCCAAGCAGUGGGAGACCACCUCCAUCGUCACCUCCUCUGUCAACGCCUUCACCCUGCCCGUCAUCAAACUAAACAACUGUGAGGUGGAGGAAAAGGCAGGAGCAGGCGCGGCCUCGGAGGGAGGAGUCGUCAGUGGCGCUGCCGGGGAAAGCGGCAUCGAGGAUGGACGAGCGGCUGGCGACCACAGCGUCGAGGUGGGCAACAGAGAGAGGGAGGCCUCGGCGGCUGACCCCCUCCCACACCUUGAGACCCACGACACCACGCUCGCCACCACAGCUAACCAGCGGGGGUUAGAGCAAGUGCUGUCCCAGUGGACCCAGAUGCAGCUGUUCCCUCCGUCACCCGUUGCCAGGGCGAUGGGGUCCCAGCUGUCACUCAACUCCCUCACGGAACAGCCCAGGUGUGCGCGGCGCUGCAGCCUGUCUGUGACCGUGUGCCGUCAAGGUGACAGAGGCAGGCGUUUCAGCUGCCCCCGCCUGGAGCGCUCCAACAGUAAGGGCUACAUCAAACUGACCGACCUAGGGGGCGACUCCUUCGAAGCCCCCGACACGGACGUUUCCCCGGUGGACACUGACCAGGAAGUAGCAUCAACGGCAGCAGCUGCAGAGGAAGAGGAAGCUCAGGUAGAGGAGGACAGGGUGACCCCCAGCGCCUCAGCAGAGGCCUAG